AAGGGCCUUUUGAAGGAGGGGGUCUGGCUGUACGGGCGCCGCGCUCGUGGGUGGUCGACCGCCGGGUCUGGACAGGCCGCUCCGUGGCCUCGGAGAUGCUCCGCUCGGCUGCCCGAAGGAAGAGAGCGGGGCGCGGAGGUCCCUGCCGUUAAGACAUGCUCAGGAGCACUCUUGCCUUGCGUCCCUGGCCGCUCGUUUGCAUCUUUUCCGGGGCCGGCGGCCCUUCCGUCGCCUGAAGUUCGCUCCGCGCCGCUCGACGCGUCUCCUCAGGAGUAUUGACAUGCCAACAUGUCCAAAAAACACAAAAAGGUAUCCAGAGAAAAGGAUGAGAGUUCUGAUAAGAAGGUGUUUGGAAAGGUGCAAGACACUCCUUUUCUACAUGACCAUGGAGAUUUGACAGCUGACUGUCAAAACUCUGGUACAGUUGAAAAGAAAAAUGAAACGGCAGAAAUUGAAAGCAAGCUUGUGAAAGAGCAGCCAAGUCAAAGGUUGGCUGGCAACACUGAACACAUGAAGACAAAAAGCUGUCUGGAUCUCAGAGAUACUAAAGGCCUCCAAGAAGACAUUUCAACAGAUAGACGAAAGGCUUGUAGUGCUUUGGUGCCCCCUGUGGUGCAUGGGAAGGUCAUAAUGCAUUUUAAAAAUAAGGCUCAACCUGUUGGGAAGAGAAGCCACAUGGAUUCUGCAGUGGCAUUUUCUAGCAAGGAAUGCUCUGACAAAAAUAUGUGUGUUGACCCUGAUACUGAAAGAAGAAAAGUGGAGUCACUGCAGUUGAAGAUCCUGAACAACCGGAGGAAAAACAAAAUGAAGACCAAAGUGAAGCAUAGUGGACUAAAAGAAGUAAUUAAGAAAAGUUUGCUGGAGAAGCUCAAGGAAACUACUCUACCUGUGAACUCUUCUUCCCACCAUAAGGAGAAGACUUUGAAAUCAUGUGAAUUGCGUAGAAAACAGGGCAUUUCAGAGGAGCCAUAUUCCAGCUUUUCAGCCUUUAAUUUCUCAAGUCUGAAAUCACCCACACAGGCCUUUAGAAACACUUCUGAAAGGACCAAGCAUAUUUCACCAGAAUUACCUAGCAAAAACGACAAAGAGAUGCAAGCCCCCCCCUUGACUGAACCAUCCAAGUGUUGGAAGUAUAAACAGAAAAGACCAUUGCCUACAGAGUCCACCAAGGAUAUUGGUAAUCCAAGGAUCCUGGGAAAUAAAAGUAAACCUGUGGCAUUUCAUACGACUCAGAGCGCUGAAGCUUCAUGUUCUUCCUGUGAAGCCAUUGAAGAUGCUGAUGAGGACCAAGAGAUGCAGAUUGUGGAAGAUUUGCACGCAGCUCGCAUUGACAAUAAGAUGGCGUUGCCAGUGGUGCAGACCUGUGGGGAAUUGACCAGCAUGGAGAUAGACCUGCGAGAUGAUGAAUCAAAUAUGUCUUUCAGAUCUCUUUCUGGCCUGAAUACUUUGAUUGUGGUUGACACUAAUAUAAUGAUCCGCCAUCUAGAAUACAUUAAGUUUUUGAAGAACAGGGUUAUUCCAGGUAUUGGCAGAUUUGUACUUGUAAUUCCCUGGGUGGUGUUGCAAGAACUGGACAACUUAAAGAAAGGGAAAAUAUUGGCAAAUGUGGGGCAGAGAGCAAUCCCAGCAGUGAACUUCAUCUAUGUUUGCCUGAAAAACCAAGAUCCAAAGUUGUGGGGGCAAUCCAUGCAACUUGCUUCUGAGAAAACAGAUGGUUUCAGCGUUAGGAACAACGAUGAUCGUGUUUUGCAGUGUUGCCUGCAGUACCAGAGCCUUUUUCCUCAGGCCGAAGUUGUGCUGCUGACGGAUGAUAAAAACUUGUGCAACAAAGCCCUGGUGAGCGAAGUAAGGGCAUUUAGUAAAGCAGACUUUGUGACUGCACUCCAGAAACUUACUGGGGAGGCUGUAGCUGUGAACCAAGACAAUUCCUGCAGCUGGAUGAAAUCAAACAAAGCUUCUGCUAAACAAGAAGUUAACAAGGACUCCAAGAAGAUGGAAAAUUCCACAGAACCUCUGUCCCAAAUUAUUCUAGAGUCUCAAAAAUGUUUGGGGGAAGUUUUGUCUUCUAUACUAGUAACAGAAUUGAAGAUUGCGUAUGGCGACCUGUGGACAGAGGUAGUAUAUCAUAAACCCCCGUGGACACUCGCAAAUGUGUUGGAGUGCUACAAAAAACACUGGGUGGCUGUUUUUGGGAUGGUUAUUUCAAGAAGCUUUUUAUCAACCGUUGAAUAUUUAUAUACACAUCUCUGCAAAGCUAAAAUAAUUCAGCAGUCCACAAUGAAGGUGGUACUUCAGGAAUCCAAGAUGCUGCUGGAGACGUUCCGCUCAAGAUCAAACUAUGACGGUGUGCUUUUACAGGCCUUAUCUCAAAUAGAUAGACUGCUGCAGACUUUGGAGAAGAUUCAGUCAGAUACUGGACCAAAUUCUUCAGAUACCUUCAAAUCUACUUCAGGAAGUGCUGCUUGUGAAAAAAUGGAAGAUGUGCCGUUGGCCACUCAGGCAGAGGAUAAGUCACCCAAGCCUUUAACGCAGGCAGACAGGCAUCAGGAAAUCUGGUCCGUCCUUGAAAGCAUCUGGAACACGAUGAACCGGUUCAGCCUUGAAGUUUUCCAGAAGUUGGACCUCAAUACAGUAACAACUCCGCAGGAUAUGGCUGCCUUCAAAGAAGCUUUCUUAGGCCUUCAGAAAUUAAUGGUAGCUGUAAAUGAAAUCCUUGCAGCAAUUCGGCAAGUUUUAAUCACAAAUAGCAGCUUUCAAGAUGUUUUACCCCUCUAUAGCUUCUUAACUAAUCAUGAGAUAAAUAAUAGUAUAAAAUUUUCUGCUGAAGAACUCCAAAACUGCGUUUCCCAGGAGGUGUACCGGAGUCAGUUAUCAAUUGGAUGCGGCCAGCUCGUUCAACUGGAACACACCGUUAAACAGUGCUAUGAAUCAGUCUGCGCGGAAAUCUCGUCCAGGGGCUGGUUUUGAUUCUGCCAUCAACCGAAGCUUUUAAAGGGAUUUUCUUUUCAGCUGGGCACAGGAAUUCCACAGUUGAGCCCAAGUUGGCCACCGCUGUCCUGAAACUUAAGAUUUUGUGCUCGCACAUGCUCUCUCUCUCUUUCAAUGAGUGUUUGCAGGUCAAACUACACAUUACAUUGAAUGUACCCUGUGUGUGUGUGUGAGAGUGUGCGCGCGUGCAUAAUUAGCAGCUGCCUGGCAGGGGAUGGGUGAUCUGCGAUUGGGAGCUGAGAAAGAAAUUUAGAACCUCUCUAGAGCGGCUCUUUGUGCCAAUGUCCGUGGUCCUUUAGCAGUAGUUGUUGGGACCACUUUAGUCAGGUGCAUCAGGUGAAGAACGAAAGCCCUGACCCAGUUCCUGUCACUGGUGGCAACCCCGUGGCCUUUCAGAGGUUUUGGUCCACAGCUCCCAUUAUCCUUUACCAUAGGCUGUGGUGGCUGGGGCUGAUGGGUGUGGCAAGGCCAAGGCAUCAGGAGAGCUACACGCUGGCUACCCCUGCUUGAGCUGCCGCUUGCAGACAAAAGGCGAACCUACACACAGAAUGCAAUCUGUGCAUUCCCUAAAAUCAGUUACAGGAAAGAGAUUCAGCAUAGCAGCAAGGAUGCCUAUGCCGGCCGAGUGCCUAGCAACCGUGUCGCAGGCCACCAGUCUUAAUUUCUGCCUUGACAAUCCCCCCCACCCCCCACUGCACAGGUAUGCAAGGUACCAAUCUGCAAUAAGGAAGAGGCCUCCGUGACCUCACUUAACCCUUUCCAUGCUCCCUCUCUGACACAGCACUGUCACCCUGCCAAAAAUCCCCUUCUCAUUUUAACACUGCCUGCGCAGCAAAAUAGGCAGGGCGGAGGCAGGGCUUGCAGGCAGGCAUCUGAGCCCCCAGACAAGGCGCCAGGCCUUCUGCGGGCAAGAACCGUAUGAAGAUGGCGGGGGGAGGCCAUUUUGGCCCCAUCGGUGUAGCACUGUGCUGAGGAGGGGGGCACAAAAACCACCACCACCACCACCCUGGGAUCCCCAGUGCUUGGUUCCAGCCCCACUAUGGGCGUGAAGCAUUUGGAAGGGAAAGCGGCAUUUUGCAUGGGAGCAGUUGCUGUCUGGGCAAGCAACAGUGGCAAGCAGAGCAGGGAGGUCCUAAGAAACAAAACUGGCGGUAAACAGAUUUGAGAUGGAAAUGCAGCCUCUGUAAGCCAAAGGCUAACUUUCGGAGUCCUGCAUCUGUUCAACAUCGGCAGAGGCGGUAGUGCUCUUAAUGCAAAGCUAGAAAAGGAACACCAGAUAAGCUUAUGAUUGUCUAUGCGUACUUGUUGUUUCAACGAUCAUAUUUGCGAUCUGACUCUGCCAGAUGCAUGACAGGGCCUGAGAUUUGCAGUGGCCAAAGCUGAGGAGCAGCUUUGUUGAAGUCAAUACGAACUGUAAGGAUUUGAUUGUUUUAAAACGUUUAAGACUAUUUCAUUUUUAGUUGAAUUUUUAAAAUAAAUAUGUACUGACUUCAUAUAA